AACUUAUCCAAGCGUUACAUAAGUUUAGCUCCUGAUCAUUGUACCGGGGUUUCAAUCGGAGACGAAAUUGAAACCAGUGGAACAAAUCAAAAUUUUAAGAAAUCUUAUUCUUUGAGUGUUGAGCUAACUCAAUAAAAUUUGUGAAGAUGCAUAAGUUCGUCGCUCUGUUUGUUAUCCUGUGCAGUAUCAGUGUUGGAUUUUCGAUCCCUGUUCGAAAUGCUAUCGUGUACUACCGGCAAGCAUUGCCUUACAUGGCCCCUCAGCAGACUAUGUAUGGAUUCCAUUAUCAGAAUCAACAACUGCAAAACGAGCGUCGUUCGGCAGGAGUCUCUGCUUUCGCUGCCGGAAACACUAUUGCUGCUGGAACAUAUCUGAAGGAUGUUGAAAGUGCCGAGCUACCCGCCCAAGAUGAGCAGAAUGUGCAAGCUGCAGCUGAAGCUCAACCAGAGUCCGAAAUCAUCCCAGUCGAAGACGAACCUCUGAGCGAUGUUCCCUCCGUUAGCGAUCAGGAAGCAGACGAAACGAAUGCUGAUGAACCCGCCGCCGCUGCUGUGAUCCCAGCUGUCGUUCCGGAUAAGAAGAAGAAGGUCAUCGUUCAGCUCGAAUCCGCCGAGGAUGAAGAACAAGAUCUUAAUGUCGCUCGUCGUGGCGGAAAGGUACCAGCCCUCCCGAACAGCUAUUUCCCAAUAAAUUUUGGAAGCACCAACGGUGGUGCCAUCGCUAUCGCCAACUCGUACAGCACCGGAAAGGGAGGAUCCGCCACUAGCACUGCUACCGCUUACGGAAGCCCAGCAGCCGCUGAGCUGAGAAGACUUUCGCCUGCCCAGUUGAAACAGAAGCCGGCCAAACUUCGCGCAAGAAAACAUUAGGAAACCUAAUGAAAACGGAAGCUGCCCAGUGUUCUUAGCGAUAAGCGUCCUAAAUUAUUAGGUGAAAAUCAACUCCGCCGUAGGUUUAGGAAGCAAAAGUGCAAACUCGAAUCGACUAGCGUUUAAUUUUUGCAAAUCUACAAGCAUCCAUUAUUUAUUGUAAUUAACAGUGACCUCUCCCGAAGUCAUCUCAAAUAUACGAUUCUGGAAAUCAAUAGUAACAA